AUGCACGGACGUGUCAAGAGCGUCGAGCGCGAGAAGCAGCAACACAAAACAGAUGAACAGCGCCAGGAAGAGCUCUCCAAGGUGUGUAUGUACCACGAGGUAGCAGAGAAAGUGCUAGAAAUGAAGAAGCAGCAAUGUUACGAGCCCAGCGUUUUACCCCUGACCAGUCACUUGCUGCUCUUAAAUCCUGAAUUCCACACAAUUUGGAACUAUCGCCGCCAAGUGAUUGACGCGCUUUCCGAAAAAGCGGAAAAUCCAGUAGCUCAAAUGCAAGAAAUGGCCAAAACGGAACUUAAACUGACGAUGGACGCGUUACAACGAAAUCCCAAAUCCUACUCAGCUUGGUUUCAGCGAAAAUGGAUUAUUGAUCGUGGACAGGGAGACCUAAAAAAGGAAAUUGGAUUGUGUGAUAAAUUACUGGAACUCGACGAGCGUAAUUUUCACUGCUGGACCUACCGUCAUUAUGUGUGCAAGAUGGCUGGACUGUCCAAGAAGGACGAGUUGGCGUUUACGACGCAAAAGAUUGAACAAAACUUUUCAAACUAUUCAGCACUGCAUUAUCGCAGCCUUACACUGCCGCAACCGUUGACGGCAACAAUGCUGUUUGAUGAGAUUGAUUUGGUGCAGCAAGCUGUGUUCACAGAGCCAGAUGACCAGAGUGCGUGGUUUUAUUAUCGCUGGCUGUUAACAUCCAUGUUGAAACUGGUGGAGUCGUCUGCAGAGGACACGGCUGGAUUCAUAAAGAGCCAAGUACACUGGCUAGAGGAAUUACUGGAGAUGGAGGCGGAAGCAAAGUGGGUCGUUGUUACGCUAGCUGAUCUGCACUACCGUGCAGGUGCGAUUUCAGGGGUUGAUGGCUGGCAAGAAUCGAAGAAACAAAGCGUAGAGCUGUAUGAACGUGCAAUGAAACUUGAUCCCGAUCAUCGUCGAUACUAUGAGGACAUGAAGAAGAAAAAUGCAUGA